AAGCAAGCAAGCGGAGGAGUGUUUCCAUUUCCAAGUUUAGAAAUGGUAAACGACGCGCAUUUAGUGUCACCAAUUUGACCUCCAUUUUCCCUUCCGCACGACGACGCAUUCUUAGCGUGUCUACCAAAUGCGCUGGAAUGAUUGUCAGCGGCGACGGAGCUGAGAUGCGUCCGCAGCAGCAGAAGGAACGCGGCCAGAGCCCGCAGCCGCAGGGGCGUACUACGCCGCUUAGCAGUAAUAACCUUUUAUCGCCGCCAGUGCAGCGGCUAUUAUCGUCUCUGCGCGCGUGGCUGGCGGACUGUAGCGUGAAGAGGGCGCCAGGCGGGGCUGAGACGUCAGACUGUAUCACAAGGGGAGCGUCGGGGGAAGCGCAGGUUUUAGGCUGUAGCGUGAAGAGGGCGCGUGUGCGCGUGGUGCGGGCGGCGGAGGCUGUAAGCGAGGCGAUGCUGGCAGGGAGAGCGCGAGGACGAGGGAAAUCUGUCGAUGUUAACGAAGCUGUGACAAUGGAGGAUGUGAUGCCUAACGCGAUGGAGGGUGUGACUAAUGCGGUGGAGAACGAUGAGAGUGCUGGUGGACGCAGGGAUAGCUUGCCGUGGCAGGUGCUGUGCGAAUCUGAAGCGCCUAAGCUGAUGGUCCGAGCCGUGGCUUCAAGGUGCGCCUGUCCCUACUGCCACGAAGCAGUAGCAGCCUCCAUGGCAUCUCUCGCUUCCCUGCUCUUCCUACUGCGCCCCCAGCAAGCGCUCUCUGCCUUCCUCACCACUCCGCCCACUGCAGUAGGGGGCAAAUCACCAGAAGCGGCAGAUGUAGCAGCAGCAGCAACAGCAGCAGCAGCAGCAGCAGCAGCAGCAGGCAGAGGCCCUGCUCUAUGCGUUGAGGGGAAGUGCGAGCAGCCGUGUCUGUUGGCAUGCCUCUGCUCCCUGCUGCACAUACCGCCCUCCUCCUCCUCCCGUGCUGCCCCUACUUCUUCUGCCACCACUUCCGCUGCACGCUGCAUUGCGGAAAUCGCAUCGUCGCCUCUCGGGGCUCGCCUGGCCCUUCAGCACCACGCCCUGCAAGCUCUGCUGCAUUCCAUAGCAGCAUGGGAGUGUGUUGGGGGCGGCAGUGGCAGCAGCAGGGGCACUAGCAGUGGCGGCGGCAGUGGCGGAUGCCAGGAGAGUCCUGCGGGAGCAAGAGCGGCAGAGGGGGGGUUUGGGUGCAGGCAGGGCGGGGAAGAGGUGCAUAGCAGAGCGGGACAAGGAGAUGAGGAGAAUGAGGAGGACGAGGAGGAGGAGGAGGAGGAGGAGGAGGAAGAAGAGGAAGAAGAGGAGGAAGAAGAGGAGGAAGAAGAGGAGGAAGAAGAGGAGGGGGAGGAGGACGACGAGGACGAGGAGGACGGAAAAGGGGGAGAGGAAGAGGAGGAGGAGGGGAGAGAGGAGAGGGGUGUGGGACGCGCCAAAUACGAGCAGCUAGACGCACUAGUAGAUGCCUUGUGGUCGCUCCUGUUUCUGCAUCCUUCUCAAACCUUGCACCCUCACGUCCAACCCACUGGUCCACCUCAUCCUUCUCUCUCCUCUGCCCUCUCACCUCCGCUCUCCCCCUCACUCUCUCGCCUCCCCCCCCUGCCGUCCUCCCCUCUCCUCGCCUCAGCCCUGGCGCUGCUCCGUCGGGAGUACUCCCUCAUUUGCAGAGAGGACAAUUCCUGCCACCCGCAGCGAUCUCAGCUGGCUGGCAAGCGUUGUCAGGUAGCGGCGGUGAUGGCGUGGAUGGGGAUGGCGCUCGCUGUACGGGCAAGGGGAGAGGAGAACAGGGAGGGAGCAGUGGAACAGGUAGUGGAGGCGAGGGGAGAUGGGCGUGGUGAGGCAGGGGAGGGAGAGAUAUUGGAGGCGAGGGGAGAUGUGGCUGAAACGAGUGUGAAUGCAGAAGCAUGUAAAAGGGAAGCGAGUGUGGGAGCAGACGCAGAAGCGUGCUGCAGAGAAGCAGAGCAGCUGUUGGGCAUGGCAGCGGGCUCAUGGCCCGCCUUUCUGUCCGGCGUGUGGGAGAAGCGCCCGUUUCUCUUCAGGGCUCGUGGUCGAGGGGAGGGGAAAGAGCAGCAGGCAGAGCAACGGCUUUCCCUCCCAGACUCACGUCCUCGGGGAGACACUCGCCUCGCCCUGACAGAUCAUGUCGUUGAGGCGCCUCAAAGAGAGCAGCAGGCAGAGCAACGGCCUCUCCCUCUCCUCUCGGACCAACGGCCUGUGGGGGACACUAACCCCCCCCUGACACUCGUUUCUCUGCAGGGCCCUGCCCUUGCAUCUCUAGUGCAAGCCAUUCCGCACCUUGGAACUGCCGAUGGGCUCCUUGAUUUCUUUCUGCCCGGGGCAGCGCACUGCCCAGGCAUGAGUGCGGGUGAAGCCGACCCGUUCGCCUCUCUGAGGGACAUGGCGGUGGCAGGCGAGCUGGGGCGGCCUCUCUUGUCCUCACCUGACGUGUCAUUCCUCCGCUCCCAACCCUCUGCCCUGGGAACUGCAUCGCAUCACCAGCCCUCCCAGCCCUCCCAGGCCUCCCAGGCCUCCCAACGGCUGUCUGCUGCAGGGGCUGCGGCAGGGGGUGAAGCGGCAGCAGGGCGUGCGGAGAGGGGCAGUGGCAUCAGCGACAGUGCUUCGAGGGGCAAUGGCUUGAGGGGUGAGGAGGAGGGUAACGGGAAGGGCGAGGAAGAGGGGUCAGAGGAGCCAGGGUGCAAGCGCAGGCGUAUGCUGUCAGCCCUGCCCUCUUCACCCAUACCACCUUCUAACUCCCCGCCAUCAUCACUCCAGCAUACGCCUCCAACCCUCCCAUCGGCAAACCCCUUCCGCUCCGCCUUCUCCCAAGGCUACACCGUCGCCCUCCGCAGCAUCAACUGCCGCUCCCCUGCUGUAGCGGCUCUCGCCCACACCGUUGCCCGUGCCCUCUGCCUGCCCGCUGUCGGGGUCAACCUGUACCUCACUCCGGGCGGCGGGCGGCAGGGCUUGGCGCGACACUGGGAUGACCACUGCGUGCUGGUAUGCCAGGUGAGCGGGCGCAAGCGGUGGAGAGUGUUCCGCCCCACGCCUGGGAAAGAGCUGCCACGCCUCUUCUCCGUGGCGGGCCUUGAAUGUGGUGCAAGCAGUAGGGACGGAACCCAUGGGCUGAACGAAGGCAGGCACGGCGACGGCAACAGCGAGGGCGAGGGCGAGGGCGAGGGCGAGGGUGAGGACGACGGCGACGGCAACGGCAACGGCGAGGGCGAGGGCGAGGGCGAGGCGAGGCUGCUCAAGGAAGAGGGAGGGUCGUCUGUAAGGGAGGCUGCCGCAAAAGCUAACCCCCGUUCUUGUGAGCCCAGCCAAAGAGGGGCAUGCAGGGGGCGAGGAGGGGUGUGUAGGGAGGAGGAGAGGGAGGAGGAGAGGGAGGAGGAGAGGGAGGAGGAGGGGUGGGUUCCGCUAGGGCAGGAGUUUGAGCUGCGUCCAGGUGACGUGCUUUACAUCCCCAGAGGGUUCCCCCAUGAGGCAUGCACUCCCCAUGAGGCAUGCACUCCCCAUGAGGCAUGCACUCCCCAUGAGGCAUGCACUCCCCAUGAGGCAUGCACUCCCCAUGAGGCAUGCACUCCCCAUGAGGCAUGCACUCCCCAUGAGGCUGGUACCCCCGACGAGCCUUGCGCGCCAGCACCUGCGUUUUCACCUGCGCUUUCACCUGCUGCAACACAAGGCAAGGGGUGCACUCGAGCUGGAUCACAGCAGCCUCCAGGCGUAGGAGCAGAUAGGGAGCAUGGUGCUGCAGCAGAGGAGCCAUCCUUGCAUCUCACCUUUGCUCUUGAAGUGGACGCACCUUACACCUGGGAGGGUUUCUUCCACGCGGGGCUCAGGUGCUGGCUCCACUCCCUCCCUCGCCACCGCAAGCACCACAUCCUCAACCCGCCACACCCCGGGGACAGGGGAGAUGAGAGUGGAAGUGAAAGGGAGUGCGUGAGUGAGCUCGGGAACGAGUGUGAGGGUGGGAGCGGGAGUGAGAGCGUGGCAUGGGACGUGACUUUUGAGUCGACUCAAAUGGGUGGGAGGGGGAGUGAGAGCGCGGCAUGGGACGUGUGCGAGGCGCUGCUGCACGCGCAGCUCUGUCAAGCAGGGGAGUGCUUUCCCAAGCUACGAGCCUCGUGCACCCCUGCUGUGCUGCACCCCUCAUCAACCAACAAGAGUAUGCGAGCCGACAGUAGGCUGUCAACCGACAAGUGCUUCUCAUAUUUACUCCUGCUGCUGAAACAGCCGCAGGUGUUCUCGUGCCCUCUGCUGCCCCUUUCACAGCUUGCUUCCGUCUACCAAGCCUCGGAUGACCAGCACCAGCAGCAGGAGCAGCAGCAGCAUGUGUCUCACUUCCAGGCAUGUGCAGCGUGGCUGGCGCAUCCACCUCCCUCGCACGCUCACACCAGUUUCGACGUUCCCAAGCAUAUCAACGCGCAUCACCAGCAGCGGCAUCAGCAGCAGCAGCAGCAGCAGCAGGAGGAGGAAAGGCAGCAGCAGGAGCAGCAGCAGCAAAGGCACCAUGGCAUCGCUGGCUCUGAACGCCUUCUAUUGAGUAUGCAGAUCAUCCGGGCCCUUAGCAGUGUGGCGCAUGCGUUUCUGAAGGAGCUUGAUAGCUGGGGUCCUCUUGCUAGCGAGUAUGUUCGAUGUAGAUACCACUUACAGCAGCGAAACUACGAGGCAAUGGAGGCUGCACUAGCUACACUACAGGAAUUAUAGGAGUAAGCAAGGAACACAUUAGAAGCCAUUGACCUUAGCAGCAUGCACUAUUGCCUUGUAAUGCAGA